AUGCUGUUGCAUUUCGAUCACAGAUUCAGGAAGGAUGCUAAUCCUAUCAUUGGUUUGAUUCAGACUUCGGUAGCGACGGAUACAAAAGAACUACAUUGCCCACAUCAGCUAACAGUUCGUGUGCAUAAAGCGACAGUGGAUCUACCAGGUGACGCCUCGGUGUCCGUGAACCAAGAUUGCUCCGAAAUAAUCCGUAACAAAUGCCUCGAUCAGGGAAUCUGCUCGGUAUCUAUCGCAGAUUGUAAGACUACCCAUGCGGGGCUGAAACAGCUCACUAUACAAUAUUCCUGCGAACUGGCAACCAAUCCUCAGUCGCUGUUCGACGGGAAACUCUUCUUUGAAGGUGUAUCGCAACAAUUCUUGGUGGUGCCUGGACCAAAUGGGUCGGAUCAGCCAAGAAAAGACGAUAGAAUACUACAACGAUCACUUAGACGCUGUUUAGAUUCAGAUCGUUGCCAAUAUGUUACGUGUCAUGACGCCAAACUUCACAGUGAGGGCUUUAACGUCGUAGGUAAUGACAGAUGCGCUUUAGUAAAGCCUAACACUUUCAAGCUCGCCGGCUACGCAGUUUAUCCGAACUUCACAGGACUUUGUGGUAGGCCGAAACAUCUGGAGUCGCGAGAUUUCCACGAAGUUGCAAAAGCGGCAAAGUCCCUGGCCAGAGCCUCGUUUACUAUCGCAUAUAAAUCCACAGGGCAGUUAGGGCUACACCGUAGCCAGAGCGCCUGGGUAUGCAGCGGUGUACCGACCAUUGUUCCCAUGCUUGGACAUGUGGUGGCUAUCCCGGCGUCAAGAGAUAGUGGGAGACGUGAUUUGCCACAUACAACAACAAAAUAUGCAAUUCACCAAUAA